AUGGCCAAUGUUGACGAGAUCGAUGACUUCUUUCAAAGUCCUAUCGAACGACAAUCAUCCAAUCUGUUCGGGGAAGUAGAACAAGACACUUUCAACAAAACAGAUAGCAAGAAGGGCAAGAUUAUUCAUCGGACAGAAAAUCAUAAGCGAGAUGAGUCUUCUCAUUGUCUUAAUUGUGACGCAGAGAUUAAUAUUUCUGUCUUUGCAUUUUGUCCAUUCUGCGGAACUAAUAUUGUAUCGUCUAAAGAUGAAUCAUCACUUGAUUACGAUGAUGCGGGUGAGGAAAAUGAUAUAAGUGAUAGGGACGAAGAGGAUGAUACUCCCUCAACGGUCGAUAAGGUUGCCUUUCGCAUGGCUCAUGAUGCCAUCCCAGACACUUCUAAGUUGAGGUUGAGCACGGGCAAAAUAGUGGAGGACGUACUCUUUGAAUUUGCGAAAGACAUGGACUAUGAACAUCAUGCUCAUUCCUACAUCGUGGAUUACGAUGAUGAGGAGAUUAAAGCACUAUUCACUGAUGUAGAGUGGGAAGAAUUGACGAAAGACCGAAUUGGUAUUCCGUCUAUUUCACUCGAUAUUGCGGAAGAACUGGCAAAAUAUGAUAAGAAUACUUUGGAAGACUUACGUACAGCCGUAAUGACAUCAUAUUUUAAAGAUGGCGAAAAAUAUGACGCCCAUAAACAUCACGAUCAAGAAUGGAUCCAAUUGGCCACACGAAUACUUGUAGAUCUGUAUGAAAAUAUAGAUUCCCCUCUAACAAGAACACAAUACGAAAAUGGGUUCACGGUUGCACUAUUUGGAAUGUGUAUCGAUUUCUUUAUUAGAGACCAUCAAUUGGGAACCGACAUUAAAAG